GCUGUCCUGGGCUCACCUUGCACCCUGCCAGUCACGCUCCGGUCACAGACUCCCUUCUGUUUGUUGCCACAAGGGGGAGCUCUCGAGGCCUCCUGUCUCCCAAAGCCACUCACUCCCUGCAAAGACCCCAGAAGACCCCGGAAACCUGCAUGGGGCCACCUUCUCGCUCUGCUUGUUUGGCUGCCCCUCGCCAAAUGCAGCAGACCACCUGGGAGCCCUCUGACUACAGGCUGGCCACCCGUAGCAGCCGAGCAGAUGGGGCCCGCCCUGCCCAGGCUGCUCCACAGCUCUCCGGACAGCCCUGGGCUGAAGUCCUCAGGGAGCUGCUGUGGUGGUUUUCUCCCCCAGAGAGGUGGGACUUUCUCAGGGCAGGAAAUGUCAGCGGGCAGACCGGGAGCCUGAGGAGCAUGAACGGAGGCAGCAGUUUCAGGAAGGACCACCACGAGCCCUGGGGGGGGGGGCUGCACUUGCCCUCCUCUCCAGUCUGACUGGCCCAUGGGAGGAGGGGUCUGUUCCUGGACUUGGGGAUUCCCUGCCUGCUUGUAAGCAGAGAUGCCUGCCUGAGCCUGAUUAGGGAGUUUGGACCUGGCUUCCCAGGGAGAAAGGCUGCUCGGAGCCCUUUGUGCCGUGGAGAAGCCCACCUGCCCACCCGUAAAGGGCCUGGUUGCAGGGACCAGCUCCGGCUGGCACAGCCCCGGGGCCACUCGGGAGGGGGGAGGGGUUUUGCAGCGCCAGACCCUGGGUGGCUGAACCUGCUGAGCUCAACAAAACUGGGCUCUCCUUGCCCACGGAGCUGAGCCAGCAAAGCGGGCAGCUCCAAACUGAAAGCUCAUGAAAUAACUCUCCCAGGACAAAGGGAGGCAGGGGGGGAGCUGACUCUUGUUUGCAUUAUACUUUAAUCCAGCAUUCUUGGUUUGGGUCACAUGCUGAUCAAUACUGCUGGCCUGGGACUCUGCCGCCCUCUAUAAAUGGCGGGGCUCGGCGGCGGGUUUUCAGCGGCAGAAGCAAAUUUUUGGUGCAACCGGGAGCAGCCCCCUUUCACCAUGGCCUUGGACCAUCAGACCUCGAAGCAGCUGCAAGCCACUUCCAAGAUUGCCCUCUUCGAGCAGGAGAACUUCCAGGGGCGCUGCCAGGAGCUGAAUACCCCCUGCCCCAACUUGAAGGAGGCCGGCAUAGAGAAAGUCAGCUCCAUUGUGGUGCAUUCUGGCCCGUGGGUGGGAUAUGAGCAGGCCCACUUCAAAGGGGAGCAGUUCAUCUUUGAGAAGGGGGAGUACCCCCGCUGGGACUCCUGGACCAGCAGCCGCAGGAGUGACAGCAUCUCCGCCCUGAGGCCCAUCAAAGUGGACAGUCAGGAGCACAAGAUCGUCCUGUACGAGAAUCCCAGCUUCAGCGGCAAGAAAAUCGAGAUUGUGGAUGAUGACGUGCCCAGCUUCCAUGCCUACGGCUACCAGGAGAAGGUGUCCUCUGUGCGAGUGCAAAGUGGCACGUGGGUGGGCUACCAGUACCCCGGCUACCGUGGCUACCAGUGCCUGUUUGAGAAGGGCGACUACAAGGACAACCUGGAGUUUGGAGCCCAGCAGCCUCACAUCCAGUCGGUCCGGCGCAUCCGGGACAUGCAGUGGCACCAGCAGGGCGCAUUCUACCGCACCAGCUAAGCCCUGGCUGGGCCCCGGAGUGCCCCCCUCUGCCUCCCGGUCUUCCUCCGCUGCCCGGCCGGGCCCCCUCUCUGCUGCUCGCUCGCUGCCUCUGCUUCUGCUUCCCACCCUGAAUAAAGCUUUUGUCAUCUGAAACGUU